AUGUCUGGUCGCGGUAAGGGUGGUAAAGGCUUGAGGAAGGGAGGUGCCAAGCACCAUCAUAAAGUGUUUCGGGAUAACAUCCAAGGUAUUACCAAGCCAGCUAUUCAUCACUUGGCUCGAUGUGGGGUGGGGUGGGGUGGGGUGGGGGGGUGCGUGAAGCGUAUUUCGGGAUUGAUCUACGAAGAGACCCGGGUAGUGCUGAAGGUGUUCUUGGAGAACGUGAUCUGCAAUGCUGUCAUGUACACUGAACAUGCCAAGUGA